AGAAGCGCGUUGUUCUCGCCAGGGGAUUGGAGCAGCAGCGUGUCAGUAAAGUCACCUCACACACAGUUGGAAGUGUUUGGAGACGCGCGGCGAGACGCCGAGACACCGAGAAAGAGACAGAGACAGAGAGGCAGCACGAGAGCGCUGCGCUUUAAUCCGUCAGCGCCGGACUCGACGUCACCCGAAGCGACAGCGAGCGCGCGCACUGGAGAUUUAGCGACGCGGGUCAUGGAGGAGGAGAUGCUGGCGGCGGACGACGGUCUCUCGGAGCCCAAAAUGGGCAGCCAGCCGCGGAGUUUCGCGAGCAAGCGUGUGAAGGCGAGGCAUGAUCGACCCACCAUGGUGGAGAUCCCACAGCUGGGGGACGGCGCGAGCCAGCGGCGCUCUCACGCCAUCGCGCACAGUCAGCCGUACCCGUAUCAGCAGCGACUGCAGCUCCAUCACCCAGCCAUCCAUCAAACGCAACAUCAGUCUCCGUCACUGCACCGCUUCACCGGGGGAAUGAGGCCCAGAGUCGCGACCUCCAGCUCAGCAUCAGCAUCAGCAUCGUCAUCGCCAUCAGUCUCAUCAGCGUUAGGCAGCGCAGCGGCGUUUUUCGGCCACCAGGGGAGAGUCCGAUACCCCGCGGGCCACCAGUCUCCAGACUGCAGUUACGAAAUAAGCUCAGAAAACCGGCUGAUUCUGGAUGCAUUUGCACAGCAGUGCAGUCGAGUGCUCAGCCUCCUCAACAGCAAUGGCAGGUUGCUGGGGCCACAGCGGACUUUGAGCCCCCCAUCCUCCUCCAUCAACUCCAUCAUCAAGCAGGAGGCUGGAUGCUCGCCUGAGCCGGCUGUUGCCAAGCCCAGGCCUGACGAGCCCCAGGCGGGCAGCGUGGAGGACGAGUGUCAACACAGGCAACAGUGGAACUCGCAGCACACCUCAGCCCUCUUGCAGGUCUUCACCGAGUCUCUGCAGAACUACCUGCUGGCCGGAGCGCCAUCCUCUGAGGGCGAGCGCUGCCACCAGCCUGAGCCUGAACCCGCAGCGUCUGCAUCACCAGCACACAACCUGGGAGGCUGGGCAUCUCCGGCACCAUCCGACUCAUACGGACACCCUUCCUCCACCCUGCCUGAGGAAGAGGAGGAGGAGGAAGGCUGCUGUCCACGCUGCAUAGAGCUGGAGCAGGAAGUGCUGAGCCUUCAGCAGGAGAAUGAGGAGCUGAGGCAAAAGCUGGAAAGUGCUCCAGUGCCAUGUCAGACAGUGCUGGACUUCUUUAAGUCCGUCUUGGGACACUACAACCAGUUCAUUUCUCCACCGCCACCAGAGGAGCAGCUCACUGAGACUUGUGCAAGGAGUGCAAUGCAGGAGUAUUCAAACCACUACGAAAUAAACUGUCACCAGAGACCGAAAACAGAAGGAAGUAAGCAGCUGCUGGGGAAUUAUCCUCUCUUCAUCACCAACAAACAAUGGGACGAGGCAGUGAACUCGUCGAAGAAGGACGGGCGUCGGUUGCUGCGCUACCUCAUCCGCUUUGUGUUCACUACAGAUGAGUUGAAGUACUCAUGUGGCCUGGGCAAGAGAAAACGCUCGGCCCACAUGAGCGAGACAGGACCUGAGAGACGGCCACUCAACCCUGUCAAAGUCAGCUGCCUCAGAGAGUUUAUCCGGAUGCACUGUGCUUCAAACCCCGACUGGUGGAUGCCGUCUGAAGAGCAGAUUAAUAAGGUGUUCAGUGACGCAGUGGGUCAUGCACGCCAGGGCCGGGCUGUGGGCACCUUCCUGACUGGAGGUGGAGGCAGCGGUAGUGGGAGCAGCAGCAGUGGAAGCAGUCUCUACCUGGAGGGUUAUGAUGGACAGCUGUCUCAAGACGAGCUCUUUAUGAAGAGCUCACAGAAUGGCAUCAUGGACUAGGUCUUUCUGAGGAGGACUGAGGCUAACUGGCUGUUUCGCACCUUUAGUACAGUAUCUUCUGUUCAUGGGUUAUUGAGUCCAGGAUUUCAUCAUGACUUAAUGAGGCAAAAAAGCAAGCAGACAAACAAAAUGAAAACUGAAAAACAUUCCAGAGACUCAUAUUUACAAAGACAUUCUCUACAGCAGUAUUUCUUACUCGUGGUCCUAGUGGUGUUUUCCUUUCUGUAAAUUACCCAGUUCAGGCUUGUUAAUAAACUGAGGAUGUGUGUUAAGAGCAAGGAAGAGCACCAAAAAGUGCAGGACAGGGGUUACUCCAGGACCAGGAGUGGGAAACACUGCUCUACAGCAUGCACUGCUGUAAGUGAAUUCCUCCAGCCUGCUUGCUGUAAUAUGGUAGCAUUGUACAUAGUGUAAAAGCCAAGUGUUUGCUCCUGCAGGUCAUUGUUGAACAGUGUGUUUUUCAGGGUUUGGAGUCACACAUGGCAGGGAGAAGUACACAAAUCAUCAAAUCACAUAAUUUAUGUCUUUUAUUACACUAAUUCAGCAUUAUAUUACAUUUUAGAAAGAUAGAAAACAAACACAAAUGUACUAAUUGUAAUGAUGUUCACUGUAAAUAAGGAUGUGAGCUUCCUAAUAUCUGAAUCUGUGUGUGCACACACAUAACAUAAUAACAAGGUGCUAUUCUAACACUGCAUUCUAUAUAAUGAAGAACAUAUCAGUGAAUUUACUCCUAGAUGAGGAAGUUCAAAGUAUCAUCUUUUAUUUUGUGGUCACAUGAUUGUUGUGGUAUAAUCAGUUUCAUGGUAUUUGAUGGAGUUGAUUCUGAAAUGUGUCCAUGUUUGUGAAUAUAAAAGUAAGGAUAUGGUCAUCCCUAACUUCUUUCUAAUUUAGGGGUUGAUCUAAUAUAAACCGUACGCUGGGUGUUCCAGAAAAUUCUAUACAUAUGUUUGCUGGCCUGAUUGAAUCUAUUGAGCAUUUGCAUGGUCAACUGCAGAGAUGUGUGUAACCAUAAGGCCUGGACUUAUCCAUGGGUCAUUGUGCAAAGCUAAUUCUUUGCUUAUGGAAACUCUGAGAUGCCUUAAACAGAACUCAGAACUCAUAUACUGCCAAUUUCUGUCUGCUGGGACUUUACAUAUGCUGAAAUUUCUGACUGAUCAUACUGUUUUCAACAAAACUAGCCAAAAUUUAAAACUAUUACUAUUUCUGAGGUUUUAACUGAGUUAAAGAACAAUAUAGGAGACAUGUGUAAGCCUGACAUUUGUGUGUGUGUGUGUGUGUGUGUGUGUGUGUGUGUGUGCGUGUGUGUGUGCGUGUGUGUGUGCGUGUGUCUCUGUGUGUAACAUACUUUACUGUGGUUGUGUAUACCCAUGGUAGCUCAGAUAUUUACCCUGUUAUCCUAUACAUAGGAAUAGUGUGGGCACUGUGAAAUGAACCAUAAACUGUUCUUUGUCCCUAAAUGUAAAUAGAAUAUUGCUAUAACAAGUG